AUGGUCAACAUCAUACCCGGUGAAGCUUAUCCAGGCAACUUCUCCGGUUUCGUGGUACUGUUCGCCACCGCAGAGACCGCUGGCCGGAACUACAUUCAGGAAGUUUGGCAGGCCAUGCGUUUCGUCGGCCUGGUCCCGCGAAGGUUCUACUUUUCCACUUUUGCCAACGGCGUAAUUGCCUACAGCCUCUUCUUCCCGGGGGGUGUCCCGGAGACACAGGUGGAAUGCUUGAAGCGCGCGCUUCUGUACUCGACGCUGCUGAAGGCCACGCCUGGAAACUCGGAGCUGGUUUACCGCAGCGUGAUGCAGUCCCAGAUCUCUCACGAGUGCGGUCUGUACGUCCUGGCCGCCGUCAAGUUUGUCUACACCUUCUUCCCCAAGGAGCAGUAUGCGCCGGAGUACAUCUCAGUGCAUAAGGUGCUGGAGCACGACGCCGCCAGCCAGAGGAAACUCGAGACCUUGUACAAGCUCUGUAUCAAGGACCUCCUGUCCACGGAAAGGAUCUACAGCCUGAUCCACCGCCACCCAAAUCUGGCAAGGCUUUUCUUCGAGGACUUCGCGCUGAUCGCCCGAGGAGAGCGGGAGCCGCACUUCAACGAAGAGCUAAGUUCGGUGAUCGACGAGGCCUGCACGGAUCCCCAAGAUCGGCAAAUUUUGAAGAUGUUCCUCACCUUCAACCACAGCCUCCUGCUGACGAAUUUCUUCAAGGCCCAGAUUCCAGGCGCUUUGUCCUUCCGCCUGGACCCGGCUGUGGCCUUGAAAGACAGACCGGCCUCUUUGUAUCCAGAAGUUCCCUACGGCAUCUACCUCGUGUGCGGCCGUGACUUCAUGGGCUUCCACACACGUUUCCGCGACGUGGCCCGGGGCGGGAUCAGGCUCGUGCUGUCCCGUGACAAGACCACCUACGAUCGCAACUUUGCCACACUUUUCGAUGAGUGCUACAACUUGGCAUUCACCCAACAGUACAAGAACAAGGACAUUCCGGAAGGCGGCUCCAAAGGUGUCAUCCUGCCAGACAGAUCAUGGCCCAACGGACAGAGUGGCAACGUGGUGGCUGGAUCUCUUCAGGGACCCCUGGGCAUGCAGUCAUGCUUCACCAGAUACUUGAAUGCCCUGCUGGAUUGCAUGAUGCCAGAAGAGAGCGGCAUUUUUGCAGGACACCUCAAGGGUCGCCGGGAGCUCCUCUUCUUCGGGCCGGACGAGAACACUGCGGGCUUUAUGGACAUGGGUGCGAAUGUGGCGAAG